GAGUUUUAAUUUAGCAUAGCACAAGAGGAUAUUCGCUCGGCUUGUGUUGUGUUGUGUUAAGGUGGUGUUUGGGAAUUGGGUGUUUCUUUUCUUCUUACAGGACUUUCGUCGAACAUAAACAAAGGAGGAGACGAAGAUUCAAGGCCAGAAGUAGCAGAUCUACUGUUAUCCUCUCAAUCAUGGCGACCCUCGAUGUUCUUCAGAGAGAAGAAGAAUUUCUUCUUUCCCCUCCUAUUAUUGACCCCACAAGAGGAGAAAAUGCAAAAUCCCGUGGAAUGUCAAUUGAGAAGAAGAUAGAGUUUCUUGAGAACUUGGCUGGAAAGGUUAGCAACCGAAGGUCUCGUAGGUGGUUAAAUGACCGCCUUUUGAUGGAACUUGUUCCACGUUUGAAUGCAGAAGAAAUCAGAGGCCUGUUUUCUCCACCACCUUGGGGUAAUGAUGUACCAGAGUCACCAUUUUCCAUGACUAAUGCAGUAGAGUGGGACAAAUUUAGGAAUAUAGAUAUGGACAGAGAGGCUAAUUUUAUUGAUUCCCUAAAGGAUUCUCCUGCAAAGAGCAAAGGUGAAGUUGAUCCUGAUAAGAUGGCUGUAUUAAAUGCUUGGCAUAGAAUUGAUUGUCGUACCAGAGAUGCACUUCGGCGUAGCUCCCUUUGGGAACUAAUUGAGGGCUAUGAGGAGUGCAUACGGGCUUACAUUGCAGAUAGUGGAGAGGAGGAUGUCCUCACCCUUCAGGCCCAAGACCCUUUCCAUAGGUUGUUGCUGCAUGGUGUUUGUGAGGUGGAUGCGUUCACGGACUCACCCUUUAAGGGAAACCCAGCAGCCGUUUGCUUGCUAGAGGAGGACAGAGACGACCAGUGGUUGCAAUCGGUGGCAGCGGAGUUUAAUAUAUCCGAGACUUGUUACCUGACUCGGCUGCUCUCUGAGUCGGAAUCUGAUGGGUCUUCAACUCCAAGGUUCCGUCUUAGAUGGUUCACUCCAGUCGUUGAGGUUGUUCUUUGUGGACACGCGACAUUAGCAGCUGCACAUACGCUAUUUUCAUCUGGAAAAAUAGAUUCUGAUGUUAUUGAGUUUGUCACCUUGUCUGGAAUUCUAACCGCUAAGAAAGUUGCUCAAAAUAACAAGGCAUCUGAUGAUGAAGCACGCAAAGGCUUCUUUAUCGAAUUGAACUUUCCUAGCGAUCCAAAUGCCGAAUUCAAUUCUGUCGAGGUUUCAAUGAUAUCUAAGGCGUUGGGUGGUGCUUCAGUUAUUAAUAUAAGAAGAACAACUACUUUGGAUUGUCUCAUUGUUGUGGUCCCAUCUGCAAAAGCUGUUACAGAUCUUCAGCCAAACUUUGAUGCCAUAGGAAAAUUUCCUGGAAAUGGGAUGAUAGUGACAGGGAUAGCUCCUCCUGAGUCUGAAUUCGAUUUCUACAGUAGGUGCUUCUUCCCACAGAAUGGAAUCAAUGAGGAUCCUGUUACGGGGAGUGCAUAUUGUUCCUUGGCAUCAUAUUGGAGUAAAGAACUGGGAAAGUGUGAUUUUGUUGCAUAUCAGGCAUCACCAAGAGGAGGGGUGUUGAAUAUUCAUUUGGAUGAACAUGACCAGAGAGUGGUUUUGGGAGGAAAAGCCUUUACAGUGAUGGAAGGAAUACUUUUGGCUUAAUUAUAUGUUUUUUUUUUAAUUCAAUGAUUUAUAGAUGAGUCAUGUUUUGACACUUGGGGCUAGCUCUCAAGUGGUUGGUUGUGUAAGUGUACGUAGGAGUGGCAGGGGUUCAGUUCUCUACUGAAUCGAGAGAUGAGUCAUGUUUUAACAUGGGCAGAUACCUUGAAAUUGGAGUUAAAACUGUUAUGCGAUAAACAAAGCAACAAGUAUUGCUUGAAAAAUUAAAGUUUACAUAAAUUGAAAAGUUUUAGUGAAAAAUAUUA